UGGGGCGAGUGGAUUUAUAAAUAAGCCCGUCUCUGCUUGUCAUCCAAUUCGUCUUCUUCGCCAUUGCAGCAGCGUUAGUGGGGAGAAAGAGCGAACGAGAGAGAUGAAGUACGUGUUGGUGACGGGCGGAGUGGUGAGUGGGCUGGGGAAAGGGGUGACGGCCAGCAGCAUCGGAAUCCUCCUCAAGGCCUGUGGCCUCCGCGUCACCUCCAUUAAGAUCGAUCCUUAUCUAAACACUGAUGCUGGGACCAUGUCUCCAUUCGAGCAUGGGGAAGUUUUUGUGUUAGAUGAUGGCGGAGAGGUGGACUUGGAUCUAGGAAAUUAUGAACGCUUCCUUGACAUCAAGUUAACUCGCGAUAACAAUAUUACAACUGGAAAAAUAUACCAGUAUGUCAUUAACAAAGAGAGGAGAGGGGACUACCUGGGAAAAACAGUUCAGGUCGUGCCCCAUAUUACAGACGCCAUUCAAGAAUGGAUUGAACGUGUGGCAAUGAUACCUGUAGAUGGCACAGAUGAACCAGCUGAUGUUUGUAUCAUCGAAUUAGGCGGAACUAUAGGAGACAUUGAAUCAAUGCAAUUUAUAGAAGCUUUGGGUCAAUUCUCUUACCGUGUAGGGCCUGGUAAUUUCUGUCUGGUUCAUGUCAGUCUUGUACCAGUUCUCAAAUCAGUCGGCGAACCAAAAACUAAACCAACACAACAUAGUGUUAGGGGAUUAAGAGGACUUGGGCUAACCCCACAUAUUUUAGCUUGCCGUAGUGAGAAGCCCCUUGAAGUAAAUGUUAAAGAAAAACUUUCACUUUUUUGCCACGUUCCAGUGGCAAAUAUUAUUACCCUCCAUGAUGUUACAAACAUCUGGCACAUUCCAUUGGUUCUGAGGGAGCAAAAGGCUCAUGAAGCUCUUCUGAAGUUAUUAAACCUUGAAAGAUGCACUAAGGAACCUCUACUGGUAGAAUGGAUGGCUAGAGCUAAACUCUGUGAUAUGUUGCAUGAUCCUGUGAAGAUUGCCAUUGUAGGAAAGUAUACUGGUCUUCCUGAUUCUUAUCUCUCUGUACUGAAGGCUCUUUUACAUGCUUCUGUUGCUUGUCGGAAAAAACUUGUCAUAAAUUGGGUGCCCUCAUCUGAUCUUGAAGAAACUUCUGCAGAAGAGACUCCUGAUGCAUACAAAGCAGCAUGGAGGCUUUUGAAGAGUGCAGAUGGCAUACUUGUCCCUGGAGGUUUUGGAGACAGAGGGGUGGAGGGUAAAAUUCUUGCCGCUAAAUAUGCCCGUGAAAACAAAGUUCCGUACCUCGGUAUUUGUCUCGGGAUGCAGAUUGCUGUCAUAGAAUAUGCUCGCUCAGUCAUGAACUUGAGGGAGGCAAAUAGCACAGAGUUUGAUCCUGAUACAACAACUCCUGUUGUUGUUUUUAUGCCAGAGGGUUCCAAAACUCAUAUGGGAGGUACAAUGAGACUUGGAUCGAGGAGAACUUACUUUGAACUUGCUGAUUGCAAAUCUGCAAAGUUGUAUGGCAAAGCAAGCUUUGUUGACGAAAGGCAUCGACAUAGAUACGAGGUAAAUCCUGAGAUGGUAACAGAAUUUGAAGAAGCUGGUCUUGCUUUUGUUGGUAAAGAUGAGACGGGAAGAAGAAUGGAAAUUAUUGAGCUGCCCACUCAUCCUUACUUUGUCGGCGUGCAAUUUCAUCCAGAAUUCAAGUCUAGGCCAGGGAAACCCUCUGCUGUUUUCUUAGGUUUAAUAGCAGCUUCGUGUGGCCGGUUAGAUUUUUGGUUGCAAGCUUCUGGUCAACCGAGCAUCUUAAAACCUCAUACUUCCAGUAAUGGUUUCUCCAAAGUCUACCAAAAUGGGAGCUUGAAGAAAUCUCCCAAAAGUCUGCUUAAUGGAACUUUCCACUCCAAUGGAAAUGGUGUUCAUGUCUAACGUUGGAAUAGUCAACCUCCUGGAUGUUAUUGUGGCUUUUAUGUCUUGUGGUUUUCUUGGCAGUUUCUGUUCUUCCAUAGUUGCAUGUGCACUGCUUUGUACAGUUAGUUGAUUAUGAAAUCGAGUAAAUGCUCCAGUGUUUUGACAGGGAGCCUUGGUGACCUUGCCAUCAGUUAGAGUUUCAGGUGUAGCCUCAUUUCUUCUAAUGAAUGUUUGAUUUUGACUAGAGGAAGUUGGUGAGCGAAUCAGGUGUAUUUGAGAGAGGAAAGAUUUAUGUGAAAUUGUUGUAUGACAUUCUAAUCUCUAAGGUGAUGAUGCCUGUCAGUUUUAUUUUA